AGUUGAAAAAGGCGAAUCAACCUGUUCCACAGCAGAUCCAGAGCCGCUGCGUCUGCUCUGCAAUCCGAGCAUGAUCAACACCGGCCGGCUUUCUCCAGAUGAUCGCUCAUGAUGCGCCUUCACCGGGAACGCGUGUGAAUAAUACGCUGGAAAUGUCAACAUCAAAAGCCAAAGGUCUGGUCUGAUGGUGAGGAGCGAGCCGAGCAUCCAUGCGCCUCAGCGGACUGUUGCGAAUUGCUGAAAUGCAGUCUCUCAUCUCACCAGUGACUAAGGCUAUCCUUGUAGCUCUGUUUAUUUUUGCCAUUUUGCUCAUCCUCUAUGUGAUACUGUGGUAUAUAUGCAGAGACGUGGACUGUGAUCACGGCAUUUGAUUUUGGAGACCGAAGCUGCGGAUCCGCGGAGAAGUCAGGGUGACCCCGCAGCUGUUAUGCUGGUUCCUGAAGGUCGAACUGAAGACGGGCUUGAGACUCAUUUUGCCACUAACUAUCUAGGCCACUUUCUGCUGACCCGCCUUCUUCUGGACAGCUUGGUGCAUUCUGGGAAGGAUGGCUCAUGCUCGAGUGUCGUCAGUGUCUCGUCCUCCGCACACUUCGCCGCUGACGCCCGUCUGCAGGAUCUUCUCAGCAUACUGCGGCUGACUGUGGCUCCUCCGGAUCUGGAAGGAGUCGGUGGAUGUUACGUGUAUGAAGGUCCUCAGCAGCGUCUUACGAUGAAGAUCUUCAGGCUGGAUUCGAUCUGCUGGGCCUCCAGGACUCGGAGCUCCUUCACUAACAUCAGCAGAACUGAAGAAUGAACGACUGACAAUCUCACACCGGAGAACUGUGAGGAGUCGCGUCGCUCCUGUCCCGUUAUUUAUGGUUCUUCUGAAGGGCUCGGCGCUGUUGGAGGAUCACUGUGAAUGUC